ACUUUACUCCAUAUCGAACUCUACAACGCGCUCCUCGGCUUCGACCUUCACCCUGCGAAACUCGUCCUCUGCCUAUCGAUGGUCUUGUGUGACUCUCUCGACAUGUCCACGACAUGGCUACUCCCUUUAACUCGACUUCCUCCCGCUUCAAGACCUUUUGUCAUACCAACGAUGACAUGCCUUCCACGCCGAGCACUGACACGCGCUCUGGCCACAUUCCCGACGCCAUUGACACCAUUAUGAGUUCGACCAAUGAAAAUCACACCUUGACAUCUGAUAUGAAAUUGCAAUGUUGUUGUGGGCGCCCAGAAUGCGCCUACUUGGAAAACAACAACACUCUUCUCGGCGGCAUUGAGAGAGACCUCGAGACCGCUGCAAGACUAGGUCAGGCUCUCCUCAACCGCCAUGAAUCCUACGUUACCGAGUCCCAACUUGAGCACGAAAGACUUACAAACUAUGUCAAUCAACUGGAGACGGAGCGCAACUCGCUGCAAGCCGCCAACCAGAAGAUCGUGGAAGAGAACAGAGAACUGCUCAAUCAAUUAGAGUCUGCCAAUACCUCACUGAAAGAAAGCGAUGAACGUGUCAAGAGUCUUGAGACUUUGCUACGCGACUGUGAAGAUGAGGUUAGAAAGCUGAACGGUCUCAGCCGACGGACCGAAGAGUUGGAGCUCAAGAUGCUGGAUCUGGAGAGGGAACGCAUCACGCUGUCGGAAAAGGUUGAAGAGUCUGAAGAAGAGACUCGAAGCACUAUUCAACGAUGGAAAGAGAGCAUGCUCAAAGUCCGACAACUCGAGUAUGAAGUCCAAAGGAUCGAAUGGGAAGCCAAGCAAGAUCGGCAUCGACAUGAAGAAACCAUAGCGAGGCUUGAAAGAGAGAGGGCUCUGGAACGUGAAUUGGGCGGAGCGGAAGGCAGACUGAAAGGUGCUGCGGCGCUGCAAGGUUUGAAGGGCAAUGGAGCGGCGAAGAAUAAUGUUGUCAGCCACUUCGUGCGUGACAUUCUCCAGGACAAUGCAAACCUCCAAGCCGGAAUCGCCGAGCUUCGAGAGUUACUGCAAAACUCCAAUGAGGAAGUACAAAAUCUACGCGAACAGAUAAUGCACCAUCAGCCUAUCGAUUACGACCAUAUGCUGGAAGACUCGCCGCAGUCGAGACCUUUGAGCGAGCAGAUAUCCUGGUCCGAAUCCUCGCCCAAACAAGUCCAACAAGAGGUACACGUACACCAUCAUUACCACGCGAAGCUUGCCGCUAGACGAGACCGUACCCCCACAGUCCGAAGGACUACGCGCAAACGACCCAUGUUCGGACUCAGCACUCUUCCUGCGACUCCAGAAUCAUCUGCGCCUAACACACCUCUCUCGGGACCCAGCCGACAUGUCUCAAGUCCCAUCUUACCACUCGCACUUCACCACCCUCAACCAAGGUACAAUCGCUGGUCCGUACAGUCAGCUGCUACGGGGUCGUCGAUGCUGUCUAGUUUCCCAAGCUCACCAAGGUCGUAUUACGAGCCGAGCAGUUCGAUAUUCGAUCGAAUCGAAGCAGGUGAGGAUUCGUCGAGGCCAACGAGUCCAGAAUCCGCCGCUGGCUUUUCCGAGCCCAGGUAUAAAAGCUUCCAGUCCAGACUGGAGGACACAAUUCCACAGUCUCCCGACGAAGAAGCUCUUCUUGACGACGAAGCACCGCACCGCAAUGUCUCAUUACAUAUGCAUAAGCUGCAAGGCCUGCCGCCAGAAGAAGAAGUGGCGGAAACAACAGCGGAAGAAGACGAAGAUGGAGAAGUCCGGGGUUCAUCUCAGGACCUGACACCUAAACCUUCUCAGAUUCUCGUCACAACUGACAGUGAUAAAUCCGAUGAUGAUCCAGGGCCGUCGGAGUUUCGAAUAGAAGCUGAUGAGCCGGAUGGUACGACGGUAUCAACGCCUAAGGUGUUAGAUAUCCGGCUUGAGGAGCCCAGUUUCACGUCCUCAGCAGAUACAACCAAGAGAAACUCGAGAGAAAUCACGCCGACGCAGCAAGAGCCAGAAUUUGAUGAUUUCGCAGGUCACAUGCCGACGAACCACCACCGGCGCACGAAUUCUCACGAAUCCCUCGUCUCCAUCUCCGGAAUGGACAUACACAUUGCGAAACGCCCUACCACCGCCACGUCACACUCCUCAAGCUUCCUCAAAGGCAACCGAGCAUACUUUGCUCUCUCCCCUUCGGCGGCACGCAUGUUGCCAGCUGCGCAACCCUCGACCACCGUGACGGAAUUCACAGCGCUGAGUUCCCCGAGGUCCGUCAGUUCAAACAACAUCCCCUCGGCCGACGAUGCGUACCCGAGUCAGAGCAUCGAAGCACUGAGUGGUCUCGCUGGCCUUCCCAAGGUCUCUGCUGCUCCGGUGGAACAACCGUCCAGCCGUGGUUUCGGCCGAUUGGUCGGUGGUUGGGUGAGAGGGAAAUGGGGAAUGACACCUAUGAAAUCAACCUCUGAUUUGGAAGCUUCGAAUUCAAGUCCGGGUGCGAAUUUGAACCAAAACACCACCUCGGCCUCCUCCCCAGCCGCUACUGCUUCUCCUUCUACGUCUGCAGCAACUGAAGAGGCGUCACCAUCCUCACAAGCGCCCUCAGCGUCUCCUCUAUUCCCGGGAGGAAGACCUCCAGGAAUCAACCAGAAAGGAAUGAUACCUGGAUUCAGAUCAGUACGAAGGGCUGCCAACACCGGUGUUCAAUUCAGGAUGGUGGACGAAGAUGGUCUGAAGGAAAGUUUGGCAGAAUACCUGAGUUGAUGACUUCAGUCUGUACAAACCACUCGAAUCACGAACAACGCCAUGUCGACUAUUACACCUGUACACCUGUACACCCCCGCUAACGUCUCCUAUCUCGCGCACUACGCACCCUGUUCAUAUGUCCUCACGUACGAGCCACGAUUCUGCUCAAAAUACCUACCUACCCACCUACCUUGGGUGGGUAAAAUAAUCUACGGCUGACGACUUACGGUUAUAAUAACAAAUAAUUUUCUCCUACUACAAGUACGGAUUCUGUCCAGCUACGGUCAUAAAUACAGUCCACGUCACAGUCAUUUCAUUUGUCGAGACGUUCUAGAGAGUGCUACGCUAGCCAACUCCUCGCCAAUAAAAAAAUAAAGAGAGAAAGAGAGAGAACUCUCAUCACAUUCAGACCAAUUUCAAUGAAGUCUUUGAAAGUCUAUGCAUAACUACUUAGGUAUCUAUGCUUCAGAACUUUUGGGGAUGGCAUACAGCGGACAUGCCCCUACCCUACAUGGUGUAUGUGGUGUUUUUGGACAUGACAAUAACAACCCCCCUCUGGCCUCGACGGCACACAGCCUAUGCCAGAAGCACUGAAACAGGACAGACCGACCACCUCUACGACGUUUUUUCCUUCUCCUGUUUUUCCAAACUUUGAGCGUUCAUGUGUAUACAUGUACAUAUGUGUUACGAGCCCAUACUACAACACACGUACACACCCACAUGGAAGUCACAUGUGCGUGUCUCUGUCUAGAAUUAGUAUGCUGGAUCUCCCAUAGUGAUGAAACUACUGUAAUACAGACUAAUAGAAACCCUAUGUUGAUACCAAAAA